ACAUUACUCAUAAUGUUAACCAUAAAACCUUUCGAGGCAUUAUCGCAUAAUAUAUUGAAACAAUGUAGAUUCAUACGAACGCGCGCUUUUGUGGCAGAGUCGCUAGACGCACAUUACGUCGUACAAAAUCCUAAAACAGCGUCACAAUGGCCACCUGUAAAUGAUCAUGGAGAUCCCAUAACACUUGAAAAAUGCAAGAAGAUUAUGUACGAUCUCAAUACCUUAGAAAUUGACAGGAUGAUUAAAGCACGCAAAUUUAGCAUGCCAUCCAUUAAUCUUGGGGAUUUAAUAGAAGUUAAAUAUGAACUGUCAAGAACACAGCAGACUUUUGCAGUAUUCCAAGGGUAUUGCGUGGAUAUAAGAAAUAAAGGUCUAAACUCAUCAUUCACACUGAAGAAUGCAUUCGACGGUGUAGGAGUUACCCAAAUGGUACCAUUGUACUCACCAAGGAUCAUGAAUGUGAAGGUGAUGAAAACGGUGUCAAACGCAGCUAAAAAAUUACAAAGGAUUCAUCAAAAUGCAAAACCAAUCACAAGAGAUUAUAGAUAUAGAUUCCACUUAAAUGUAAGACACAGAUUUGCCAGACGUAGUGGUGUACACAAACCGGGCAUCCGGAGCUUCGAAAUAAGAUUAAAAAAUAGAAUCGCAAGACUCAAAAAUGCAUACUAUCAAAUGAGACUUGAAGCAGGACUUCCUGCAUAUGUUUGGGGCGGUGCAUAUAAUAUUAAUACCAGAAGAAGGACGAGACUCGUCAGAGCAGAAACUAAUAGGCGCAUACAUAUAUAUAGCAUGGAUGAACAAAGGAGUAGAAGGGAAAAACUACACAAAAGAAGAGAACGGGCAAGAUGGGGAGUAUAUAAGCUACCGGGAACAAGAUACCUUGAACUAUUAGACAAAAACAAAGCUAAAGAAUUAGAUCAAGUAUCUCCCGCAGUACAACGUGAAGUAUUGGAAGUCGAUAGGCAACAUUUGUAACCCCAAAGACCAGUAGAACGAUCAUAAUAAGAUCCCC